GAACGCCUCACGACGGUUGGUUUUGAAAAUGUAGUGAUGGUUCCUCCAGAAGAAGCCUUGGGUGAGACCUCACAUCGCAUCUGUCUGCUCUCAUUACCACGACCCCCACCACCACCACCCACAACACCCACUCCACCACAACCCACCGUGAAGCAGUAUGCGGGAUCAGCAGAUACACCCCGCGCCGCUGCCGGCCACAACUGGACGCCAUCUACAGUCACGAGGCGAGGUCCUCAAGUCAUGGAUAGUUCUGGAUGUGUUUGUGGCCGAGGUAUGGGAAUUGUUGGUUCAAGCGGUACUUUGGGAGUGAAUUCAUCCUGGUUGGACGAGAAUGAACCAUCAACACCUUCUUCACUUUCUACAAGCCUCUUGACAAAGAAUAAACCUUUUCCAAUUAGAGGAGAGCGAGCGAACUACGUCAACAUCCCUCAUGUUAUUGUUAUGGUUGGUCUUCCAGCAAGAGGGAAGACGUAUAUGGCCAAGAAGCUCACACGCUACCUCAACUGGAUUGGGAUUAAGACAAGAGUUUUUAACUUGGGUGAGUACAGGCGGCGUGUCACCCAACAAUACAAAAAUCAUAACUUCUUCCGGAGUGACAAUGAAGAAGCAAUGGCACUACGGCAACGCUGUGCAUUGGACGCUUUGGACGAUGUUUGUAAAUGGCUAGAAAAUGAAGGAGGAGAAGUAGCAGUUUUCGAUGCCACAAAUACAACAAUGAUUCGUCGUCGACUCAUAUAUGAUAAGGUUGUGAUUGAGAUGGACUAUAAACUAUUCUACGUGGAAUCAAUUUGUGAUGAUCCAUCUAUCAUUGAAUCUAACAUUAGGGAUGUGAAGAUCAACGGGCCCGACUACUUCAGGUUGACCCCAGUAAAUAUUAGCGCUGCAGGGCAUCCUUGCUCUCAAGAAGUUAAAGUCAGCAGUCCAGACUACAGUGGGAUGACUGCUGAGGAGGCCCUGGCAGACUUCCUUCAGAGAAUUGAACAUUACAUGGAUAUGUACCAACCUUUAGAUGAAGCACAAGAAGAUCAUUUAUCUUUUAUGAAGGUUUACAAUACAGGAGAGAAAGUUGUUGUUCAUAAACAUGAAGGCCACAUUCAAGCCCGCAUUGUGUACUACCUGAUGAACACUCAUGUCACACCUCGCACCAUCUACCUUGCUAGGCAUGGUGAGAGCAUCCACAAUGAAAUGGGAAGAAUAGGUGGUGAUUCUGACCUUAACGAAAAAGGCCGGAAGUUUGGUGAAGCUCUUACUCAGUAUAUUAAGGACCAAGAUAUUCCUAAACUGAGAGUGUGGACAUCCUGGAUGAAGAGGACAAUUCAAACAGCUGAAGGCAUUGAAGCGCCCCAAGAAAGGUGGAAAGCCCUCAAUGAAAUUGAUGCAGGCAUUUGUGAGGAGAUGACCUAUGCUGAAAUAAAAAAACAUUUUCCAGAAGAUUUCGCUUCUAGGGACCAGAACAAAUUUAGUUACCGGUAUCCUCGUGGUGAAAGCUAUGAAGAUCUUGUAGCUCGUCUGGAGCCAGUUAUCAUGGAGCUGGAACGUCAAGGGAAUGUUUUACUUAUUGCUCACCAAGCAGUCAUGAGGUGUCUUCUAGCUUACUUUCUUGAUAAACCUUCUGAUGAGUUGCCAUACAUCGAGGUUCCUUUGCAUACUGUAAUGAAGCUGACGCCUGUUGCUUAUGGUUGUAAGGUGGAAUAUGUUGCUCUCGGUGUUCCUGCUGUCAAUACACAUCGUGCUAAGCCAGAGGUACCUGGAUCUCUUGAUACAUCCUUGUGUGUGGAAGCUGCAGAUAUGGAAAUGGACUCCUGAUAAUAAAAUUCAAUAGGACUGCUUCUGUUCAUAGGCAUUUUUUGUCUAACUUUGUUGCCAACAUUUUUGAAUUGCAAGUUUUCACCUCGACUGUGUUCACCAAGGCUGCCUCUGCUACUUACAUUGAUGUUGCAGUACUUGAGUGCAACAUUGUGUUCUUGUAAAUUGAGUUGACUUGUAUUGGUAUGUUGUGUUCCUCGAGUCCCCUUCUUCGUUACUGUCUUGUUUAGCUUUACUAUUUACAUUCAGUGGUGGGGCAUAGAAAAUAAAUUUUCUGUAUAUUUGUAAAUGGUAAAUUUAUAGUACAGUAUUAGUAACUUGUUUAAUUGUAUGUACAGUAUUGGUAACAUUUCUUAAUAGUAUUUACAGUAUAGGUAACCUUUUUAAAGGAUUUUUCAUGUUGGCUACGUAUUUAAAAUUUAAAAAUAUAAAAAAUUAUUGUUUUGUUUAUAUUGUGUUGGGCUUGAGACAGUGCUUUUGAGCUCCUGACAGUCACUCUUGUGAUAAUGGUUGUAUUUAAUGUCAGAUGUGAUAAAACCAAAUUCUAUUUGUAUACAUAAUUCCAUUUUUGAAUGGCUUUAUCAUAUUGAUAAUGGUUUACAGGAGAUGAUUAUUUUAAAAUUAGAUGUAUUUAGAGUCAUGUGUUCAAGGAUAACAUUCUGCACAAACCAAAGUUUUAUUUCAUAAUCUGAAAACAUAUUUAGUGUACUAAAAAUAGUCUUAUAAAUUAUUUUGAUGUUAUUACUGUAGUAAAUUCAUUGUUAGUGAUUCUGCCGUGUAUAUGGGCAGGAAAUUGGGCAGAUUAUAACAUGGCUUUAUGUAAGAUGUUAUAUUUGUGUUAUGCACCAAUACAAUGUAAGGGAAACACUGUGGCCCUUGUCCAUGUUGCCAAAAUUUUGAAUUUCAGAAAUGUGACAUAAAUGUAUGUUUAACGAGUACAAACAUUGACUUUUCUCACCAGCUGUGUAAUAUUAAUGUACACCUGUUCAAGUCAGCUUGAAGAAUAUGAAGGAUUUGUUCAGCCUUUAUUUUCUUUGAAAUACUUUCAUAUCAAAUGGUUGGAUUUACUCUGAUACAAGACCAGUUUGUUCAUUUGUGUAAUUGACAAGCUUUCUUAAUAUUGGUGCUGUAUGAAGAGUAAUAGUGAUAUGAUAAAUAAGCAGCAAGCAUUAUGACUUUGUUUCGUGUUAUUCUCCAGAUAUCUUGGCAACAUCACCUUCCUUAUUCUCCUCCUUCAGUUGUGCCGCCAUCUCCUCACCACACUAACUUCACUCACACGCUUUCUUCUUCUUAAAAAAAAAAAACUAAUUUCUUCAUUAUACUUUAACCCACAAAUUAACAUUGUCUUUAUAAUACUUUGAAAAUAUAUUUCAACUCGUUGCUCCUAGGUUUUUUUCUUUAAGAAAAUUGUAUUGUGGUUAGCCCAAGCCAAUCUGUAUACUGCAUUGCACUUAUUUUUUUUUUAAACUUACUCCAACAUAUUGUGUACUGAUGAACACAUUAUACCUUCUAAAAACUUUAUUAAAAUAAUUAGUUCUUAUUCUCCAUACACAAAUGCUUCCAAACCAUAUUUCAUUUUAUAUGCCAAUUGUUCUCACAAUUUGAAAAGCAUAAAAUGAAAGUGGUUUUCCCACCCAGAAGUGGGAAAAUCCACCUAAAUCCACCUUUAGGCAAUCCACCAAACGUAUAAAGGCCAAUGCUCAUUAGACCAAAAUAUAAAGUCUUUGGUGCUUUUAAUUUGACUAAAGCACUGAAAACCUUAAUGCUGUAGUGGUGCAAGUUUUUGAGAACAAGUUAGCAUAUGAACCCUGGGCUCACUUGUCAUGCCUAUCACACCAUUAACCUCAUCCCCAAAACUCACUUACAGUAUUGCUGUUUCACCUCCCUCUCCUACACAAUUUCUUCAUAAACAUUGCUUUCCAAGUACAAUUAUGGUGUUGCGACACAUGCAUAUGUUAAAAUUUAAUCUGGUCUGUUGUUGAGUACUUAACCUGCUUGGUUCCUCAUAUUUUAUAACACUUCAUCAUGUCUAUUCUGUUGACUUUAUUUAAAUGUACAUUUUAAAGUUCAUAUAAACCAGUAACGUCCUCUGUGCCUUUCGUACUUUAAUGAUGUGUGUGUAGAUUUUUUCUUAUGAUUUGAAUUCUUCAAGAAUUGUUUGGAAAUACUUCAUAACCAAAUGUUUUGGGAAUACAGUAUUUUGCAAAUGUUACAUUUCUCUUGAUGUUUGAAAAGGUGGGCAUUAUUUAAAUAAAUUAGCAUAUAUAUCUUGUCAUAUUCCAGCACUCGAUAUCUUCUUAGAGCACUAUGAGUCAUUGCCUGAUCCUUCUGGCAGUCUAGAGUUAGAUUUUCCUGCAUUUCUGUGGCAAUGGGUAAUCCUUAAUAAUUUGUGUUUAGUAUUAUGCAUUAUUGUGCAAACCCUUUGCUCUGAUACUUUGCUUGCAGUUCUUCAUCUCCCUGUACCAAUCUAAGGAUCCCAUUUUCUAACAUUCCCUAUUGCAGAUGAUGAGUCACAAUAAUAUAGCUGAAGAAAUGAAGACUAAACCACACACCAGAAGAUGAGAAGAUGACGUUUUGGUCCGUGCUGGACCAUUAUCAAGUGUUGAUAAUGGUCCAGAACGGACCGAAACGUUGUCAUCUCAUCUUCUGGUGUGUGUGUGUGGUUUAAUCUUCAUUUACAUUCCCUUUUGUUACUGCUUCAGCUUUACGCCCAGGUGUUACAGGUGUCUCGGUGCACCUCAAAUAAGUCAUGGCAAAUAAUAAAGAUUUAAACAAUUAUUGUCUGGGUUUUACAUGUAUGAUGAAAAUGUGGAUUUAAAUAAAGAAAAACAAGUGAUAAGACAAUCAGUGAAACAUUCGAGGAUGAAACAAAACGUCAGCAAAGUCUAGCACCAGGCGUUGACACCAGCCUUGCUGGGCAUCUCCACCCAGAAAAAUGAUAAAUAUCCACAUAUUUUCAUGUUUUUCUUACAUUUUGCAUACAAAUUAAAAAUAUACAGUAUAUGUUUUAGAUAUGUUUAUGUAUGACCAUAGCCACUGUCUAAGGGUUUAAGCAAUGAGAAAGAAGCAUGAAUUUUUGUUAUAUUAAAAUUUGGAACUAUAGCUUUAUUUUUAAACAAGCCAAAGAAAAUUUGGUUAUAAUAAAAAUGUUUCAUUUGGGUGUAGUUUAUUUUUGCAUGACAAAAUUGCCACUCCUCGCAUGUUAAUCUGGCAUAGAUAAGUAGAGAGUUUUAUUUCCUGGUGGUUAUCACAGGGUAUGUUUAUCAAGUUUGUCCUCUAUAUUUUUUGUAGGAGUGUUGCCUCUUGUUUUCUUUUAUUUAAUUCAUAAUUAAUAAUUCAUUGUUUCAGGGACAGGCAGCCAGUUCAUACAUGCAGUACAUGUUAGGCUUAUAUCGAGGUUCCCCCAAGGUCAAAUUACUGACCCUUCCCAGGAUGCAACCCAGCAAACUGACUAACUCCUGAGUACCUAUUUACUGCUUGGUGGACAGGGGCAUGAGGUGAUAGGAAACAUGCCCAACUAUUUCAGUCCCGCCCGUAAUUCAAAUUCGGACUUCUCGACUGAGAGUCGAGAAUGAACCCGACUGUACUAACAGGACCCUUUAACAUUUCCAAUGUUAUUUGAAGAUUUUUUCAGAGUUGUGAAGCAUGAUACUCUAGGAAGAUAUCAGAUAGAUGAUUUUAUAACAGUGGAAUUAUGCUACAAUCAAUUGACUUAAAACGUGUCAAAUAAUGUAAAGUUUAGCCAACGUAUGCAUACAAAAACUACAGGUGAUGGGUUUUGCCAAAUAGCUGUUUUAUCUUCUAACAAAAGUUAUGUACCCAUAUGAACUGUUAUUGUUAUGUUUGUCUAUGUUACUUUCAACUUGUGAAGACUCUUCCAUCCUCAGGCUGUUAAUGUUUACGAUUGGUUAUAACGUGAAUAUAUUUGGUGAAGAACUUUUUGAGCGGUUCACUAAUUAAGCUAAUACUUUUCCUUUAAUUAUAAUGCAAUUAGUUAAAAUUAUAUUUCUCUACUUGUUAAACUAGGGACAAAGUGAAGAAACAACUGAAUGAUUAUGAAGUUAUCAAAACUGACAAUUGUAAAAAAUCAUAUUUUCCAAGUUAAAUUACUAGAUAUCUUUAAAGAAAUUGUGUUGUAAAUGUGACCAUAUCAGGGAAUGAUUCAAAUUACAGAGAUGGAGAAA